UGCCGAUCUCAAAUUUCAUCUGCAAAAAUGAUCUUCGUUCGUGUAGUGAGCAUGAUGAACAAAGUAGCACGUAGUCAUUCGAAGGCUGCAGCUAUUGCAAAUUGCUCUCAAAUCCGCACUGCGACUACAUCACCAUCCGGAUCCAUACUUCCUGAACCAAAGAAGCCUCGCUUUGGAUACCUAGGUGUCAUAUGUGCAGUCACUAUAGGCCUCUUCAUAGGGGCUACUAUUAGCAAGAAUGUAGCCAACUUUUUGGAAGAGAACGAGCUGUUUGUUCCUUCAGACGAUGACGAUGAUGAUUAAAGCAAGCAAGAAAAAUAUUGUUUCUCUCGUCAGUGUACUCUGAAUCUUGAUGCUGUGAGGCACAUAAGCUGCAUUACUUGUUAAGCCUUAUUGUUAUAGAUGAAUUUAUUUAAGAAAAUGCUACACUUUUUAAAUAGUAAAAUUUAUUUAUUUAUAAAUACAACUGAUAUUAGAGUGAAAAAUAAUUACAUGACUUAUUAAUGUGUACAAAUGUUUAUGUUUUUAAGUAAAAACGAAAUUAUAAAUAAAUAAAUAUUGUACAAUAGUACAGUA